CGCAUAAUUACUGUUUAGGGCAUUUUUGUUUGUAUAGAAUGCCAGUGUUUUGGAGACCAGCUGAAGUGCACUGUAGAAAAGUUAUCAGAUACUAACAAAUCACUGCAUCUUGAGUUACAAGGAACCAAAAACAUGAUAAAAAUGCUCAGCUUGCAAAAAAUGGAAUAUGAGACUAAACUGAAUAUUCAAGAUACAAAACUUACUUCUUUACAACAAACUCUGCCUAAUUCCAAGAGCAAAGUACAUAAGGAUGAUGAUCGUGUUAAAUAUACAAGCAUUGCUAGUUCAGAUACAGAUGAUUUGAAAUUUUCUUCAGAUGCUAACACAGUUCAUUCUUUGAUACAGGAGCAGAGGUAUUUAAAACAUAAAAUAAAAUCUUUGGAAAUUGAAUUGCAGAGCACAAAACAUCAAGUUCAGAAAUAUGAAUCUACAGUUUUGAAAUUAACUGAAGAGCAAAAAGACAGACACAUUCAAAAGCCAAGUACUGUACGACAGCUUUUUCAUCUUUUUCUUGGAGUGGUUACCAUCUUCCCAUAGUGAUUAUAGUGGAGGAAGAAACGUGGAAUCUGAGAGACAUAUGUUAUACCUCACACAAAGUGCAGCUAACAUGGAUGAAUUUAUUGUUGACAUUGCUCCUAUGUGGCCUUCUUUGAAUGAUGAAUAGACCUAUAAAUGGGAAUAAGGUGUAUUACAUUGUUUUUGCUUGCAAUUAUCUGUUGCUUGAUAUAUUUUUAAAAUAGUUUUAAGUAUUAUGUAUUGUAACUUUUAUAUUUAUGUAUAUAUGAUUUCUAUUAACUUUCUUAUAUUAGUCAAAAGUUAUCACGUUAUAAAGUGAUAAAUUAGGAUUAUUGAUUUUCGAAAACUUCAAUAGAUGCUGUUUUAAAUAGCAUUUUAAUUACUGGGCUGGUAUAUUAAAUAGUAUAAAAAUUUCAAUUAUAUCUUUCUGUAAGCUAAAAAUAGCAUACUGAUUAAUGAAAGUUUGAUAUACCCUGAAAAAUAAAGUAGAAGCAUUGGGUCAAUUAUUAUUUUUUUUUUUUUUUUACCUAUAAAUUUAAAAGUCACCACUGGACUUCUAGAGUGGCAUUUGUGCCCAUAUCCAGUCAAGAGACCAUUUUUUUCUUAUAGCUUAUUUUAUAAAAUAUCUCUUUCUUGGUUAUUGAAAUGCACUUAAAUUGCAUGUAGAUGUGGAACUUGCUGAAGCUUACAUCUGUUUGAGUCUGUUGUUAUUGUGACUUAUCUCACUUGUCUGACAUCCCUUUGAUAUACAUUUCAAAUGGCAACGCUAAAUACACAUGUUAAUUUCGUUCCCCCCCCCCCUCAAAUGGUCUUACCCUUCUUAAGCAUUAAAUAGAUGUGCUGGCCAAACCCAUAAAUUAUUUAGCCAUCUAAUGACUAAAAACAUUGCCAAGGGUGCUUUAUAAGGGAUGACCAAUAUUUCAUCUGCAAAGAAGAGUGAAGGACAACACACAUACAGCCAGAUCUCACAUGAGAUUCAAACCAUACCCUUGGUUUUAAGUAGCAGUCAGCCUUCACUAGCUAUUACACUGUCUGUGUUGGCUAUUAAAACAAAAUAAGUUUAUUGUACAAAGUCUGAAACUUGGACUCGUCAGGACUUUCACGAUUCUGGAUUUGGGAAUUUUCUGAAUUUUACUUCAUCAAUUUAAAUCUAGCAAUAAUGACAUGUAAAAAUUAUAAAAUUAAAAAUCUGAACUAGUGUUUUAUUAA